ACAAUUUAAAGUUACCAGCCACCAGUAAUAUUUUCCGCCACCAACCGCCGCUGCUCCUCUUGCCUCCUGCAGCUGAAAAUCUACUACUUUCAGAGGGCGUCAAGGCGUGGAAUAGAAGGGGAAAGCUCCAACCAAGGUUAAUUAGUGUCUAAAAUCUCCAAAGACCCCCACCCCCAAGUUUUAUUAGUGAGAAAAGCAGUUAGCAUGGCACAAGGAGAUAAUGACAUGAGGAAGAAACCAAACAUAUUGAUAACUGGCACACCCGGAACUGGAAAAACAACUACCGCAUCUGCUCUGGCAGAGGCCACCCAGUUCCGCCACAUUAAUAUUGGAGAUUUGGUCAAAGAGAAGAACUUGCAUGAUGGAUGGGAUGACCAGUUUGACUGCUACAUAAUUAAUGAAGACCUGGUGUGUGAUGAACUCGAAGAUAUAAUGGAAGAAGGUGGAAACAUAGUGGACUAUCAUGGUUGUGAUUUCUUUCCAGAGCGAUGGUUUGAUCAAGUUGUGGUUCUGCAAACUGACAAUUCUGUUUUGUACGAUCGUUUAAGCAAGAGAGGGUACUCAGAGACGAAGAUAUCCAACAACAUGGAAUGUGAAAUCUUCCAAGUCCUAUUGGAGGAGGCAAAAGAAAGUUAUCCAGAAGGCAUUGUGGUGGCGUUAAGGAGUGAUUCUAUCGACGACAUCACCAACAACAUUGCCACUCUGACUCACUGGCUCACCACUCGGCAAAAUGUUCCAUAGUGGGAUCCUCAGCUUCCUCUCUGUGCUUUUCUACUUUGAUUACUACCAUUUUAGUAAGAUAACAUAUGGUGUGGACAUGUUUUCGGUGAUGUUCUUCCUUUACAGCAGUAGUAAGUACCAUCUCUCGGAACCAAAUGGCUGAAUGUUUCCUUUGUAUGAAAUCCUUUUAGGUUAUCAGUA